UGCGUGCAUCUAUUGUGAUUUAUUUUUUUCUGGUUACUCUGGCUUUACAGUUUCAAGAAUUUAAAGCUUGUACAUUUUGAUAAAGAAAAAUUGUGUGUUUUGAUUCUGGUAGAAAAUGGAUUCAGGGGAUGGGUCUGUUCUAAAGAGGAGGACUAGACAACAAUCUUUAAAAUAUAUGGUUGAGUUAAUUCAGAGGAACAGAUUGAGUCAAAGUGGUAAUCCUACUAGUUCUGUAAAUGCCAAUAGUGGCAGGAAAAGAAAAAUGGCGGAGCCUUCUCGAGGUGACGAGAGAAAAAAUGAUGGGAGGAGGAAAUCCGACACGAAGCGGCCUUUAGUCGAGGAAAGGUCUGAUGAUGAUUCCCUGAAAGAGGAGAGUCGUCCUAAUAUUAUAAGUAUUGAGGAGGAGCUUGCUGACAGUAAAUCAUCUUCUGAGUCGGAAUCUGAAGCUUCAACUGAUGAAAACAAUGAUGAACCCAACGACAAGACUUACCGAGAAAUUGAAUCGCCAGCUUCUGAUGGCGAGGAAUCAAAACCUCGGAGUCUAGUACCUCAGCUUGUUGUUGAGGAUGAAGAGCAAGAUAAAGGAGAAAAGGAGCUUGAACCCUCGUCUGAAGAGGACUGCAUGGUUAAUGACUCGGAGACUCAGAAGAAGACUCUCGAUGAAUCGGCAUUUUUGAAGUUUAUUGUUAACUCUAUAAUAAAUGGUGAUGAUUGUGAUAAAGUCUUUCCUCCCAAAGAGAAGGAACAGAUUCCUGUCAAAGAAACACUCUCUUUGAUAUUCCGAUUUAAAGAUGAGGAACCUCUCCCCCCGGAGAAAGAAGACAGGGAAAAGGAAAUGGAUAAUCUUUUUGAUGAAAUGGACAUGUGCGACUCAGAAUCAAAUAUUGGCUUUACAAAUUCAUCUAUUUUGCCGAUGCAGAGUAGACAAACAUGUGGCUGUCAAGCGGGGAACCAACAUCUUUUUCUGGAUGAACAAAUUGGACUUAUCUGUAAAGUUUGUUCCCAUGUGGUUUUGGAGAACAAGUACAUCUUCCCUCCUUUUGCUCAGAGAUCUCCAGGGGGGUAUGGAAGUAAAUAUUUUGAAGAGUCGCCAUCAUUGUUGGAUGUUGACAGCUUCAGAUUUUCUGAUUCUUCUGUAGUCCAGGAUUCUCCUAUUUAUAGAGAAGGAACCGUUUGGGAUUUAGUUCCUCUAAGUAUAAGAGCUACCAUGUAUCCUCAUCAACGUGGAGGAUUUGAGUUCAUGUGGAAAAACCUAGCUGGAGAUGUAGCUCUUGAGAGGCUGAGAGAGCCUCUAUCCGAUAGUAAGGGAGGAUGCAUUAUCUCACAUCCACCUGGUACCGAAAAAACCCGACUCACCAUUGUAUUUCUUCAGUCAUUCCUGAAAGUGUUUCCAAAGUGUCGGGCGGUAAUCAUUGCUCUAUCCAGCUUGCUUCCUAAUUGGGAAGCCGAGUUCCAGAAAUGGAAGGCGGACAUUCCCUUCCACAACUUGAACAGCAAGGAUUUUUCUUUCCGAGAAGAUGAAGGUAUAGUUGGUGUCUUCAACUGUUUAUCCCAUGCCGCAAGAAAAGAUCCAAACCUUAUACACAUGUUAAAGCUGAGAUCGUGGGCAAAAAGUAAGAGCAUUUUGGGAAUCAGCUAUGAUUUGUUCAAGAUUCUGACGAGAGAAGAUGGAAAGAAAAACAGUUAUGCAAAAGAGACUAGAGAAAUACUCUUAAAGUUUCCUGGUCUUUUGGUUCUUGAAGAAGGGCACACUGCUCGAAAUGAGCAAAGCCUUGUUUGGAAAGCACUGAAAGAGGUUGAAACCGAAAAGCGCAUAGUUCUUUCUCGAACUCCAUUCCAGAACAACAUCAAAGAGCUCUACAACACUCUCUGUGUUGUAAGUCCAAAAUUUGCUGGUGAUAUGGAGCAGAAAUGGGCUUCUCUUAGCAGUUCCCUUGAGAAGAAUGCCCGAGCAUUGGAAGAGCUACGGGAUAUUAUUUCGCCACUUGUCCAUAGUUGUAGCGAAAACGUAAAGAGGGUAAGCCUUCCAGGCAUAAGGGAUACAGUGGUACACCUGAAGCCCACAUAUUUGCAGAAGGAGUUGCUUAAAAGAAUCCCAGAGAAUCCAGGCUCUUUUUAUGAACAAAAUCUGGCAUCUCUGAUUUCUGUUCAUCCUUCCUUAGUGGCAAAGCGGAAGGAGUUCUCUAAGUUUGAAAGUCGACUAAAAGAAAUAAGAUGUCGGUUGGAUCCUGAUAUUGGAGUAAAAAUGAAAUUUGUUGUUGAACUGAUCAGAUUGUGCGGUGGACAAAAGAGAGUUAUAAUAUUUAGCCAGUUACUUGAUCCUCUGAACCUGAUCAAGGAGCAACUCAAGUCUCUCUUUGGCUGGACUUUAGGCCGAGAGAUUCUCUAUAUGGAUGGGAAACUUGAUGUAAAGCAGCGGCAGAUAUCAAUAAAUUCUCUUAAUGACCCUAAGAGUGAUGUCAAAGUGCUUCUUGCAUCGACAAAAGCCUGUUCAGAAGGAAUAAGUCUUAUAGGGGCCUCAAGAGUGGUUUUUCUUGACAUUCUUUGGAAUCCCUCAGUAGAGCAGCAAACCAUCAGUCGAGCCUACAGGAUCGGUCAGAAAAAAACUGUGCAUGUUUACUGUACAGUGACAUCAAAAUGGGAGGUUGACAAGAUCGAACAGCAGGUGAGAAAAAGAUAUCAUUCAGAUGCUUUGUCCAGGAAUGAAGUGAAUACUUCAUGUUCUGCAUCAGAGGAUGACAUACUUGAAUCCAUGGUUAAGCAUGAGGGUCUCCGUCAUAUUUUUGAAAAAGCAUCUCAUUCACCACGGGUUAUGCCUACUACAUGCUUUAAUUCUUUCAACCAUCCUUCAAAACCAAGCAGUUAGGUUAGUAUUCUUCUUGUUUGCUGGUAUAUUAGCAAUCAGACAGUUUUGUUAACUGCCUCGUCUUUGAAAAUUGGCUCAAAUUCUUCAUAUCUUUCUUGUCAGAUUGUUGGCUAAAUUCUUAGAGGUUUUUGCAGCUGGACAGAAGUUCUACAGGGAAACUUGAGGAUUGAAUCUGUAAUGAUACAAUGUCUUUUAUAGAAACUUAAGGUUCAGUUUUAUUGUUUCUUUCAAUGUAAAAUCUAUAUGGAGAAUCUGCAACUAUAUGUUAGUCUAAUCAAGAUGUAGAUUUAUACAUUU